CAAAAUAGUGGGACGAGCGUCGACGUCGAUCGAAUCGAAUGUAAACAAAGAAAAAUGGUGGACCGGCAGAGAGCACGUGUGGAGGAUGCGAUGAAAAAGUUCAUCGACGACCUCGACAAGUCGCAAUUGCGGAAAAUGCAGGCGGACAUGCACAAAUGCGCCGCUCGGUGCUGCGAGGAUUCGACGUCUCCACUGGAAAGGGUGCACGAUUGCAUCGAGGACUGCUCGAUUCCCCUGUCGUACGCACAGAAAUACGUUCAAACAGAAAUUGGAGGGUUCCAGGAACGACUUCAAAGAUGUGUUCUGCAGUGCAAUGAUGAAAUCAAAGAUAAAAUGGGUCCGAAUCCUACAGAGUCUGAGGCCUCUCGUUACACUGGUGAAUUCGAAGCCUGCGCCACCAAGUGUGUGGACAAAAACCUAGACCUCUUGUCGAAAAUGUUCGACUCAGUCAAAAAGAACUUGGUCAAAGGCACUUAUCCUAAAUGAAGUGUGCAUUUUGCUCCCAUGGAGUUGAAAUAUUGAGAAACUGUUAGUGAAUCAGAAAGAAAUAAUUAUUUUCCUCAAGCAACGAGCCGUUUGUUCCUUGUGGCUCCGACCUCGUCAAUGUAUACACAAUAAUUGUGACAAGCCAAGUGGAGUCACCAGCCAUUUUCUGGGAUUGAUUUUAUGCUAAAUUUUGUAGAAUCAUAUUGCAUAAAGUUGUUAAGUUUUAACUGACCUAUAUACCAUGUAAUUUUAUUCAAUGCAGUAGUUAUGUAAUAACCUGAAAUUUGUUACCUAAAUGAAAAUUUCAUUUCCAAUUCAAAAAGUAUGUU